UACUCCUCGUAGUUCCCGCACAUAUUAUACUGUAGUAUGCGGACAUGAUGUGCGGCACUGUGCUUCCUGCCACACUGACAGAGCAGAUACAGUUUGAAUGAAAAGAUGAUAAACAUCCGCUGUGUGACGGGGGGUUGCUGACUGGCGGCUCCGGGAUGAUUACUUUUGAAAUGUCAGUUUGCUAUUCGCCGCCUCCCAGCCGGGCUCUGUCUUUGAAGUUGAACGGAGUGAGCAUGCGCGGUGUUGGUGAACCCAUCCCAGGGAGGACGCUUAGGUCGGGUACUGUCGUUCCUAUAUACUGUGUCCGUCUACCUGAUCCCCCACUACAGAGACUACCCCAGUGCAGCCAGCGUGGUAUAAUCCAGUCCGAUAGCAGUGCAGCCAGGAUCCCAUCCUAGCAGCAUAUCAGCGCCCAGCACCGGGUUCCUCCCUGGAACACUGCUGUUGAAUGACCGCCGCACACAGGCAAUGCAUCACUUAGAAGAAGAGCUGACUUGCUCCGUCUGCUUCAGCAUGUUUGAUGACCCUAGAAUACUGCAAUGCUCACAUACUUUUUGCAGAGACUGCCUUGAAAAUGUAAACAGGUCGUCAACCAGUUAUUCAUGGAGACACUCAGUGGGGCAACUUAAAUGUCCAGCCUGCAGGGGGAUUACAGCAUUUGCCACAGGAGUUAAUUCUCUGCCAGUCAACUUUGCAUUAAAAGCCAUUGUGGAAAAAUAUAAAUCUAGCAAGCACCUCCAGCACCGCUCCAGCAUGAAAACCUGUAUAGAGCACAGCAAUCAGCUAAACAUGUAUUGUCUCAAAGAUCGAACGCUAAUUUGUGGUCAGUGUCUUACAGUGGGACAGCAUCGAGGGCAUCUGGUGGAUGAUCCAGAAAGUGCCUACACAAGGGAGCGAAAUAUGGCUUCUAAACUAUUAGCCACCCUCAGUGAUGGUAAAUUCACCGGUGUAUCCCCAGUAAUUAGAGCACUCGAAGAGCAAAUGGCUAAUUGUAAGAAUAUCGUUCAGGAAGAUAAAGAGGAAGUGGUGGUGUUUUUUGAUAAUUUAAUUGAACUAUUUGAGGAGAAGAAGCAACAUUUUCUGUCCGCCCUUAAUGAUCUCAACCAGCAAGUAGUAGAUUUAUAUGCUCCUCAAAUAGAGGCAAUGAAGCAGAUCGAAGAUGAAGAAUUGGACCUUAUAUCGUUGAGCAGUUCUGCUCAGGAGGAAGAAUCCCCACUCGCAUACCUGGAGAAUAUCCAUGACAUACAGCAAAGAAUGGAAGCCUUGAAAAAGCAGCCAUUACUUCCUGUUCAUCCUGUUGAUAUCUCCCCCAGGGUUGGGCAAAUAUUAAAGGAUCAGGUAUUGGAAACCAAUACUGGCCAAAUUCAGCUGUUACGUGUGCCGACAUUUGGCAUUCAUUUUCAUAAGAAAGAUAGUACCAACAGCAAGAUCACUCUAAAUGCUCCGUUCACAUCCGUUUUAUUUACUGUACUUUUAUGUAUUACGCUGAUAGUGCUGUUUGCAUCCUCAAACAUAGAAAUAUUACCUGAUUUCACUACUCUGUAUUGGAUGCGCCUCUCUGAAAUUAUGGAGCCAGUUCUAAUUUGGUUUGGGGUUUACAGGGAUACAGUACAGACCUAUUCCCAGAGGUUUGCAGACUUAUAUUGUUACUUUAUAUCCUAUGUAUCGUCUUUACUAGCUCAUUCUGGUAACAUAACAGUAUAAAAAUAAAGCACAAAAGAAAAGAAAACAAUAC